CGGUUUUCUAAAGGCAUACUUGUGGAUUCCAUCUACUGUUCCUCCUUCCUCUCUCUCUACCUCUUUCUCUCUCUAAAAAAUUCUUAUCACUUCCUCUAGUCGGAAAACCUCUUAUAUUCGCCGGGAAACCACCUCUGCGCCGGCGAACACCCUCCGGAGUGUCGCCGAGAAAUUCUUUUUUUCUUCUCUCACUUAUUCGUUUUCAUUUUCUUUUUCUCCACGUAGAGUUGGUGACUCGGUUGGUUGGAAUUGGCCGAUCUCUGAGUUUGACUCGGUUCGUGGUGUUUCGCGAGAAUGUGGCGAAUCUGAGGGCGUUUUUGGGAUCGUUCAUGCCUGAGAUUGUGGUCUAGGGUUUGGAUUUUUCGUAUUUUUUGAUUCGGUUAUUUGUUGGCUGCUUCUUUGUUUGUUUCUUCGGCGAAUUGAGAAGACGGAGUCGUUCAGAGAAGAACUUCGUAAUGAAAUGGUGGAAGGAAGGGUUUGUUCCUCCAGACAGGCUAAAUUAGAAUUUCUAAAGCGUAAAAGGCUUCAGCGUAUGAAGCCAGAAGCUGUGGCAGAUUCGGUAUAUGUCUCUAACAUGAUGCCUAGGAGUGGAGGAGAUGCUUUACGAGCUUCAGAAUCAUGUGGUAUGAGGUUACAUGGCAGUGCAGAUACAGUUUCUAGAUCUGGUGGUGCUUCAAAUGAGAAGGAUGUCUUUUUAAAGCACAAGGUUGCUAAAUUUGACAUAAAUGAUCUAGAAUGGACUGAUAAAAUUCCAGAGUGUCCUGUAUUCUUUCCGAGUAAAGAGGAGUUUGAGGAUCCUUUGGCUUAUCUUCAAAUGAUAGCUCCAGAAGCUUCAAGAUAUGGUAUAUGCAAGAUUGUUUCCCCUUUGAGUGCUUCUGUUCCUGCUGGUAUAGUAUUGAUGAAAGAGAAAGCAGGUUUUAAGUUUACAACUAGAGUACAACCCCUUCGUCUUGCUGAGUGGGAUUCCGAUGAUAAGGUCACUUUCUUCAUGAGUGGGAGAAAUUAUACAUUUCGUGAUUUCGAGAAAAUGGCGAACAAGGUUUUUGCACGUAGAUAUUGUAGUUCUGGAUGUCUUCCUGCCACAUACUUGGAAAAAGAAUUUUGGCAUGAAAUAGCUUGUGGAAAGACGGAAAGUGUUGAAUAUGCAUGUGAUGUUGAUGGGAGUGCCUUCUCAUCUUCUCCCAGUGAUCAGCUUGGAAAAAGCAAAUGUAACCUUAAGAAACUUUCUCGGUUGCCCAAGUCUACUUUACGUCUUCUAGAAACAACAAUUCCGGGCGUUACUGAACCAAUGCUUUACAUCGGGAUGCUAUUUAGUAUGUUUGCUUGGCAUGUGGAAGAUCAUUACUUGUAUAGUAUUAAUUAUCAUCACUGCGGGGCUGCAAAAACUUGGUAUGGGAUUCCUGGUCAUGCAGCUUUGGAUUUUGAAAAUGUGGUGCAGAAGCAUGUGUAUACUCAUGAUAUUCUAUCGGCUGAUGGAGAGGAUGGAGCUUUUGAUGUGCUUUUGGGCAAAACAACUUUGUUUCCUCCAAAUAUCUUGGUAGAACAUGAUGUCCCUGUCUACAAGGCAGUGCAAAAGCCUGGGGAGUUCAUAAUAACCUUCCCUAGAGCAUAUCAUGCAGGAUUUAGUCAUGGUUUUAAUUGUGGCGAGGCAGUAAACUUUGCAAUUGGUGAUUGGUUCCCUUUGGGAUCAAUUGCUAGCCGACGUUAUGCCUUUCUUAACAGGAUGCCUCUCCUUCCUCACGAGGAGCUCCUCUGCAAAGAAGCAAUGCUUCUCCAUACAGGGUUGGAACUUGAAGAUACAGAUUAUUCAUCUGUAGACUUGCUCUGUCACAUUAGUAUUAAGGUUUCUUUUGUAAAUUUGAUGCGAUUCCAGCACCGUGCUCGCUGGUGUUUAAUGAAAUCGAGGGCGUGUACAGGUGUUUCUUCAAUUUCCCAUGGAACUAUUCUCUGUAGCCUAUGCAAACGUGAUUGUUAUGUAGCAUACAUUGGUUGCAACUGUUACUUGCAUCCUGUGUGCCUUCGUCAUGAGAUCAAGUUGCUUGACUUUCCUUGCGGGGGCAAUCAUACUCUGUUUUUGAGGGAGGAUAUUUCAGAUAUGGAAUCUGCAGCCAAGAAGUUUGAGCAAGAAGAAGGCAUAGGAUAUAAGGUUCAGCAACAAUGUGGAAGUGGUGAUGACUUGCUUCUUCUAUCAGAUAUGUUUCCAAGAGUUGAAGAGGAUGGAUACACUCCAUACUGUGUGAUAAACUUUGAACUGGACCUGGAGAUUGCUAAAAAUCAGUAUCAGUCCCAAAAGCCUGAGUGUGUUUCUCGGGGUGAACCUAUGUUGAGAAGUGGUUCAGAAAAUUUUAAAGCUGAAGAAUCAGAUGAUUCCCUUUCUUGUGCUGCAUCAACGCUUUGUUCUUUUCUUGAACAAUCUGAAAGCUUUUCUAUAGCCAACGAUCAGGUACGGCGGAAUGGUAACCCAAGUUUAGGAGAUCUUGUAUCUACAAAGUUUUCUAAAGAAGCACCUCACCAUGACUCCGAAUCUUUGCUAUCCUCUCUCACUUAUGAGAGUUUGGGUACUCGUCAAUUUAAUCUUCAAGAAUCAGAGCUUAGGCCCAUCGUGGAUAAGGAAAGUGAUGAGUCUGAUUCAGAGAUAUUUAGGGUCAAACGGCGUUCUUCUAUGAAAGUGGUGCAAAGAAAUGUGAAUGAUGCCAUAUUGCCAAAAAUUGAACACCAGGGCCUUAAACGACUAAAGAAACUCCAAUUUAAAGGAAGAUGUGGACAACUGAUGUCAUCAGAUUGUUCUACCACUGGAGAUUUUAGCCAUGAUUUGAGUGCCAAUGUAACUUAUUCUAAAGAAGCUCCAGACAGUGGUUUGAUGGACAGGUUUGCCAGAGGAACUACCAUUCCCAUCACCUUUAAGUUUAAGAAAGUGACCAGUGAGGAUGCAGGGAGUAACCAUAGAGAACACCUCAGAAGCGAUAGAUUCCACCAGGAUUUGGGAAAGGCAGUGAGAGAAUCACCCCCCAAAGAGGUUGGGCCAAAGCGUCUGAAAGUCAGAGGCCCUUCAUUUCUAGGGUCAGAGAGCAGGUUGCAUUGAGUAGAUCACCAGUUGGCCAGCCCCCUGGAGCACUUUCUAGAACCUAACUUUGCUAACAUGGUUUUCUUUGAUGGGGUUCUAACAACACGGAAACUUAACAAGUUUAGAUGAAGAUAUAUAUAUAUAUAUAUAUAUAUAUUCUUUGUGCAGGCCUCAAAUUGGGGCAUUCCCAUGGUGGGGUUCUCAAGCCAGGUGUUUUUCCAUCUUUGGCCGGAGAAUCUUCCUGCAAUCAGAAGUUAGAUUUUGGGUUAUUGACUUUGAUGUAAAUUUUUUUUCUAACAGUCAAAUCAAUUAUUGCUAGGAAAGUGGGCAUUUAAGUUAGCCUACUUUUGAUUUAAGUCUGCUGCUUCCCUUGCUAGGGUUCUUUAUUCUUUUUGUAGCAAUGGGUCCUUGUACCUUGGACUACUGGAAUAAAAUCAAGAGAAAAUUUCAUUCUCUCCA